ACAUGAUUGCACCGGCGAAAUACAUCACAGUGUGCGAGUUAGAACUGAUUACUUUCUUCACUCAUCCAUCGAAGCAUGCAUGUCGUUCGAAUUAAAAAAUGAGGCAGUAGCGAGCAUCUGCUCGUUAGUCAGUGCUGAUAGGUACAAGUGAAAAGAAGCGAUGAUCGAGUUGUGCGUUGCUUUGGGUGUACUGACUAUUUGCCUGUUUUUCAAAUGGUCCUGCAGCUACUGGCGUCGAGUGGGGAAUAUUGACGGUCCCCAACCGUUGCCCCUGUUUGGCAAUUCCUUUGAACAGGUCAUUGGCAGGAAGCAUUUCGGUGAAAUUUACGAGGAAGUUUACCGAACCUACCCAAAUGCCUCGUGGGUUGGGGUCUACGAGCUACUCAAUAAACCGGCUAUCGUGGUGCGUGAUUUGGAACUGGUGAAGGAAAUUCUCGUCAGCAACUUACGUCAUUUUCACAAGAAUUUGUUUGUGGUCGACGAGAAGAUAGAUCCGUUGUUGGCUAUGAAUCCUUUCACCCAGACAGGCGAACAAUGGAAGAAAAGUCGCUCGCAGGUAGCACCAAUCUUCUCUACGCCUAAGGUACGAGCAGCGUUUCCUUUAAUUAAAAAUGUGGCAGAGAAUUUAUCGGAAUAUGUUAAAAAUACCCGUGAAACCAAUCCCGACUUUGAAGCUAAGCAGAUGUGCGCUAUGUACACAAUAGAUGUGGUAGCUUGUUGUGCCUUUGGAAUCAACGCUGAAUCCUUCACGAAUCCGGAUGCUGAGUUCCGUCGUAUGUGCAUCAAGGUGUUAAACCCAAGUUGGAUUCGUUCGUUGUUAACAAUAUUUGCACCAACGAUUGCACAUUUUUUCAAAAUAGCCUUCGUUCCAAAGAGCGUCGAUCAGUGGUUCCGAGAUGUGAUUAAAGAAGUUAUUCGCCAGCGCGAGGAUGGAGAGGUCAAGCGACAUGACUUAUUUCAAGCCAUGUACGAUUCUCUCUCUAAGAAUGGAACCGUCGCGGUUGACAGCAACGAAAUUGUCGGUCAUUCUGUUACAUUCCUCACAGAAGGAUUCGAAACAUCCAGCAUAAUGAUGAGCUUCUUCCUGUAUGAGCUAGCUUCCAAUAGACACAUUCAGGACCGAGUGUUGAACGAAAUCGACCGUAUACUGGAAGAGUCGGAUGGUCAUAUCACCGACGAAGCUGUUCAAAAGCUCCACUACACGGAAAGAGCUAUGUAUGAAACACUGAGAAUGCACUCAGCAGUUUUCACUUUGUCCAAGAUAUGCAGCAAGGAAUACGAACUGCCGGCCCAGUAUGCCACCGACAGCAAAAGGGUAUCUAUCAAACCCGGAAUGACUGCUAUAAUUCCCGUUCAUGCCAUUCACUACGAUCCGGAAAUAUACCCCGAACCAUACCGCUUCGAUCCGGAUCGAUUUCUGGAAGAAAACAAACUGUCUCGCCAUCACUAUGCUUUUCUAGGCUUCGGCGAAGGGCCAAGAAUUUGUUUGGGUAUGAAGUUCGCAUUGAGCCAAGUUAAAAUUGGCAUUGUCACCUUGCUCGCUAAGUAUCGUGUGGAAUUGUCCGACAAACAGCAGCUUCCGCUAGAGUUUGAGCGAACGUCAUUUAUGCUGACUCCGAAGAGUGGCAUCUGGAUUAAAUUUGUAGAAAGAAGUUGAACGAAUAUUUCAUGGAAUCUACUUGUUCUGCAACAAAGAAAGAUUUGUUGUAUUCGACUCGAACAUUGUGUUUGAAAACGGCUCGAUGGGAUGUUUUAAAAGAAAUAAAUUUUAGAAAGUUCUGCCUUA